AUGACAAGGUUUAACAAAAAUCCUACUUUAUCAGUAUCAGGGGCUGAGGUCAGCAAACUCGCUUGGUUUCACCAGAAGCCGACACGCGCCGAUCUCGUCAGCUUCUUCUUCGCUCAUUCGCGCCGUCGCUACGAAAAUGAUUCAUAUUCCAAUGGGAAGAAAAGCAAAACUUCUAUCUACAUUUUCUUGAAGGAUUGCAGGUUUGUUUUUAAUUUGGACAAACUUGGAUUAGAAAUAGCGUCGAUUGCAUUGCCUGCAGCACUGGCUUUGACAGCCGAUCCAAUUGCUUCUCUAGUUGACACAGCAUUCAUUGGUCAAAUAGGUCCAGUGGAGCUUGCUGCUGUAGGAGUUUCUAUCGCUUUGUUCAAUCAAGCAUCAAGAAUUGCAAUAUUACCUCUUCUUAGUGUCGCAACCUCUUUUGUUGCUGAAGAAGAUACUAUUGGAACUGCGAGUCCCAAGGCAAACCAGAGUGAUUACCUGGAAACAGGUUUAUCAAUCAAUGGUGAAACUAAACAGUUGAUCCCAAAAAGGGGUACUGACCAGAAUGCAUACAACUCAAAACCAGUUGGUGCAAGCUUUGAAAUAGUUACAACUAAUCAUCGAAAGAGGUACAUCCCGUCUGUGUCACCAGCAAUGGUAAUUGGCAGCAUCCUUGGCCUCAUCCAAGCCAUAUUCCUCAUAUCAGCGGCAAAACCUCUAUUGAACUUUAUGGGGGUCAGUUUUAAAUGGAGACAAUUGUUAUUCUCGUGUGCUACAAUGGAAAAUGGGUCACCUCGAAGAAGAUGUGCAAAUACGAAGGGGGUGACUCAAAAGGCUUAAUAGUUCCACGGACCAUCAAUUUUGCUGAACUGUUGGACCGUGUGCAUCAGAUUGGUAAUACAAACAGCAGGGAAGACAAGGUUUGCUUAAAAUUCUCAGUUUUGGUGGCCUCGAAUGAGUGGAAGCGCAUAAAGAUUGAGGACGAUGAUGAUGUCAAUUUUUUUAUGAAGUACAAUUCCGAGGUAACACCUUCAAAACUAGCUCCCUUACUCAUGAGUAUAGAAGAUAAAGGACUGACAAAUGAUGUAGUUCAUAGUAUGCAUAUCACGACAGAUAGUAGUCGGAUGGGUCAUUCUUCAGUUGCCAUUGUUGAAAGCAAUGAAGUAACUUGGAAUAAUACAAAUGUCACUGAUUUGGGAGGUGAAGUAGGGACAGAUUUUAUGGAUAUGAUUGAUUUUAGCGAGGUGGAGGAGAUGCAUGGUGGUGAUAAUGGUACUGAAAGAAAUGAAGUGUAAGUGUACUCUGCCCCUCCUAAUUUGGGGUGCUUGAACACAGCUGCCCAGUUGCCAAAAAUACGUUUAGGAGGAGAAUCUGAACCCACUCGUCAACAUUAUUUUUGCCCAGUUGCCAAAAAUACAUAGAGAUACAAUUUUAUUGUUGUUAAUGUCAUGUUGUACUGCUGUAACUUACAGCCAAGGAGUUAAUGGUGUAGUUUUGAAUCCCAUCAAUUUAAUGCACCAACACAAAACCCAAUUUACCUCAUAUAAGUUCGUACAUAUAACUGAACCUUCCUAUAUAGAACUGCAACAGAGGCACCUUCUUAACGGGAAAGGUAAUUAGUCUUACUGAAAGGCAA